ACCUGUGCACUGCUGCCCGCGGGACAGAGACCAGUAGCUCCGCAGCUUCUCUGCCGACGCCCCUCCUUCUCCUCCGGUACUCCUCCGAGCACAAUGCGCUGAUAUCCGCACGCUCGGUAAAAGAAUGAUUUCUUUUGUGUCGACAGUAGAGGGUGUUCCCAGAGAUACGGGCACCGCAAGCCUUUACCAACGGAUCAGAAAGGUCUUGACGAGGGACCUGCUGGUGACCUUGGCCCUGGGUCAGGUCCUGUCCUUGUUAAUUUGCGCUUUAAGUCUGACAAGCAAAUACCUGGCGAAUGACUUUCACGCUAACACUCCAGUCUUUCAGAGCUUCCUCAACUACAUCCUGCUGUUUCUGGUGUACACUACCACGUUGGCAGUCAAGCAAGGGGAAGGGAACUUGCUGGCCAUUCUAAUGCAGCGCUGGUGGAAAUACAUGAUUCUGGGUGUCAUAGACAUUGAGGCCAACUAUUUGGUCCUUAGGGCUUACCAGUACACUACACUGUCUAGUGUACAGCUCUUAGACUGUUUUGUCAUCCCAGUGGUAUUGCUGCUGUCCUGGUUCUUUCUCCUAGUGAGAUACAAGACUGUCCAUUUUGUCGGGACAGGUCUAUGUUUGCUUGGCAUUGGCUGCAUGGUAGGAGCUGACAUUCUUCUUGGUGGACAGCAAGGCUUUGGAGAGCAGAAGCUGUUUGGGAAUCUGCUAGUUCUGGGAGGAGCUAUGCUGUACGGAAUAUCCAAUGUAUGCGAAGAGUUUAUUGUAAAGAACUUGAGUCGUGUUGAAUUCCUGGGCAUGUUGGGACUAUUUGGAUCCUUCUUCAGCGGCAUUCAGCUGGCUAUCAUGGAACACAAAGAGCUUCUAAGAGUAUCCUGGAACUGGCAGAUAGGUCUUCUUUAUGUUGGUUUCAGUGCCUUCAUGUUUGGCCUUUACAGCUUCAUGCCUGUUGUGAUGAAGAGGACUAGUGCCACCUCAGUCAAUCUGUCUCUGCUCACAGCUGACCUUUACAGUCUCUUCUGUGGCCUCUUUCUCUUUCACUACAAGUUCUCGGGCCUCUAUCUGUUGUCAUUCUUCAUCAUUAUCUUGGGCCUGGUUUUUUACUCCUCCUCGUCAACCUAUGUGGUCCAGGACCCACGAGUCUACAAGCAAUUCAGAAACAAAGACAAUCAAACACCAUAUGAACCACCUCCACUUUGCCCUAGAGUCUUGGAGCCCACUGUCAUCUACACUACCCUGAGCCCUGAGCAAGAAGACGAGUUUCCUGUUAAAGUAGCCUAAGAACUGGGACAGAGUUAAGUGCAUUAGCCUGAUAAACUUGUGAGUCAGGUGCAACCCCCAGGUUUCCCUUGUAUACAAAUGAAUAGUGCUAGGCUUUGCCCAAUCUGGUAAGCAGGAUAGCUGGGAUCACCCAGGUAAGUCAAGAUAUUCAUUUUAUGGUCUGAAUGGAGAAAUGUCUCCAUGCUCACAGUAAUCAAGUUAACAUAAAUUCAUUUAGCUACAUAUUGUAUGUACUGAGAAAUGACUGACCAGAAUGUAAUUUAAACACAUAGCAAUGUGAGUUGAGUUCACGGUCAUCAAAGACUGUGCAUAGACUAUAGUAGCUAGAUGUAGUAGUAGAUGAUGUAAAGAGAUGGUAUUGUCAUUUUUAUGUUAUCACGUAUUUCUUCUAAUAUUUGCAAGAGGAUACUGUAUGGAUGUAAACUAUUGUCUGCCCAAUAUUGCUCUUAUUUCAAAGAAAGAAGUUCAAUAAAUUUACAAAAAUAAGUGCACAUUGUAUAUAAUAAGAAGGAUUCUCUGUAGGAUCUGAUUGUUUGCAGGCUGAAAGAAGGAUAACUAUAUUCUAACGCCCUGUUUUCCACAGUGUAAGUAUUAGUGAGGCGUGAAAGAGAUUUCAAAUUCAAUGUUAAAUUUGUCAUAGGCCCUAGAAUGUUGAAUUCAGGAUUCAGCAGAUGUUUGUGAGGUACAUUUUGGAAUGUUUUUCAAGAGAUGCAUUCAGAUGAGUCAUGUAUCAUCUGGACUGCUGUUACAGCUGUAUACUGUUUUGAAAAAUACACGUCAUUGUUCAAAAUGUUUUUGUUGGUUGCUUUGAUUGAAAAAAAAAAAAAGUACAGUACAUACAGUGAGAUCAACCUUAACUGAAUUUUAUUUAUUGGAUACGGUUUUUAUGUAUAAAUAAUUGUAUGCAAUUGGAACAUAAAAAACUAAGGUUGACAAAACAUAACUUAAUUGCGUGCAACCAAUCUACAUGUUUUUUUUAUGUUAAUCCCACAGGUUAUUUUUUUCAGUGUACUCUAGUGGUGUACAUGACAGAUGAUUCAUUUCAAAUAAUAAAAUAUAAAAGA